AUGGCGGAGGACGAGAACGCCGCCGCGGAGGACGCCGCCGCGGACGAGGACGCCGCGGACGCGGCCUCGGCGGAGCGUUCACUCCUCGCGGAGGAGGAGGACGCCGCCGCCGCCGCCGCGCCGGCGGCGGCGGCGUCGAACGCGGAGGAGGGCGACGGCGAAGACCCGCGCUCCCCCGGCGCGGGCACCGAGCGCGGAUCCACCGACGUGCCGAUGACGCUCUCGCCGUCCUCGAACGCGGGGUCGAGCGCGAACGCGAACGCGAGCGCGAACGCGGUCGAGGAGGCGACGCGAGCCGCGGAGGAGCUGUACCAGUACGAGCGAGAGCAGGACGAGGACGCGGCGGCGGUGGACGACGACAUCGACGCCGCGGAGGAGGAGGCAGCCUCGGCGGAGCGUUCACUCCUGGCGGCGGCGUCGAACGCGGAGGAGGGCGACGGCGAAGACCCGCGCUCCCCCGGCGCGGGCACCGAGCGCGGAUCCACCGACGUGCCGAUGACGCUCUCGCCGUCCUCGAACGCGGGGUCGAGCGCGAACGCGAACGCGAGCGCGAACGCGGUCGAGGAGGCGACGCGAGCCGCGGAGGAGCUGUACGAGUACGAGCGAGAGCAGGACGAGGACGCGGCGGCGGUGGACGACGACAUCGACGCCGCGGUCGCCGCCGCGGGCGCGGAGAUCGACGCCUUCCUGGCGGACGCCAUGCCGUUCGAAGGCGACGACGACGACGACGACGCGGACGUCGACGACGACGACGUCUCGCCGACGCAGAUCGCCGCGAAAGAGGCCGAAACGAAUUCCGCGACGGAGCAGCACGCGCGCGCGAAGGCGGCGCUCGCGUCGCUCACCGAGCGUCUGCGGCGAGUGGACGACGAGCUGGGAGAGUUGGAAGGCGACCGCGACCGCGUCGUCGCCGCCGCGGAGGAUUUGGGCGGCCUCGGCGUCGAGCCCGCGGAAGGCGCGGUCGACAUGGGCCAAGCCCUCGACGCGACCAUCUCGUCGCUGCCGAAGCGCAGGAACUUGACGCGCGAGGCGAGCGAGUUCGAGACGGAGAUCGAGAAGCGACGCGCGGAAUCGGAGCGGCUGAGACGCGACGUCGCCGUCGCGCGCGAGGAGCUCACCGAGGCGGAGAACAAUCUCGCGCAGCUCGCGGCGCGGAGCGAUCGCGUCGCCGCGCCGCGAGAGAAGCGAGACGCCGCGGAAGCCGCCGAGUCCGACGCGCGCGACGCCGCCGCGGUGCGCGCGUACGCCGCGAAGAAGCGCGACGCGGAGACGCGGCGCGCGGUGGCGGCGGAGAUGGUGCGAGAGAAGGAGCGCGCCGUCGUCGCCGCCGCGAGGGCGUCGCGGCGGGACGCGUACCGCCGCCUGGGCGAGAAGCUUUCCGUCGCGCGCGCGCAGCUGGAGGUGUUUGAACGCAUGAGAAAUGCGCGUUACGAAGAGAAAGUGAACGGGUUGAUCGAGCUGAAGGACGCCACGGACGCGGCGCUGAAGGGGGUGGCGCGAUACGUCGGCGCGAAGCGCGCCGCGCACGAGGCGAGACGCGCGGCGCAGCGGCGCGAGGCGAAGGAGCUGCUCAUCGCGGGCGAGAACCCGCACUUGGUGUUUCGAGCGAGGGAAGAGAACCACAGGCUGGCGGCGCAGCGGAAGCGGAACGCGAAGACGAUCGAGACGAACCGAGCGGAGAUUUCGCGCCGAUUGGAGAGGGACGAGACGCGUUAUCGCGAGAAUUUGGAAAUCAAGCGUCUGGCGCGCGAGAAGGACGAGAAGUUCAGCAGAGCGUACGGCGAGGCGAGCAAAGCGGCGAAGAUACGCGCGUACAUGCAGAACGCGGUCGGCGUGUCGGAUCUGUUGGACCCGACCGGGACGGAGACGAUCUAUCCGUCCGACGUGUCGCGCGCGAAACCGCGAGGGUUCGGACUCGCGACGGGCGCGGGCGCGGACGCGGCGACGCGCGCGCGCGUCGCCGCGAGGCACCCGGACGCGAACCUCGACGCGAGCGGUCUCAUGACGACUGAAGAGCGGUUCAUGCUGCGGACGUUCCCGGACGGCGACGGCACCGGCGAGGUGUUCGAUCGGACGCUGGGCGAGACGGGGGCGGAUUGGCGCGCGUUCGCGACGACGCGCGACUUCUCUCCGGACGACGGCGACGGUUCGGAUCCCGAGCCGGGAACGGAGGACCCGGACGUCGCGGAGUGGCGGCGGAUACGGAAAGGCGUCGUCGCGCUCGAGAACGCGCGGCUGUACGCGAACGGACGACGGAGCCGGUACGCGGCGGAGAGCGACGCGCCGCCGCCGCCGAGCGAGCAGUUCGCGGUGCGCGUCAAGGGCGUCGGGAAGGCGGCGAAGGAGGGCGGGAAAGCGCUGCGCGAGGGCGUCGUCCCGGGGUUUGGCAAGGCGCUUCUCAGCGUGCGAUUUUACCCGAAAGCGAUCGGGGACGUCGAGGAAGAGAUCGUCGUGAGGCUCGGCGAGCCGCUCAACCGCGACGUCGUGAUGAGCGUCCGCGGCCGCGGCGGCGCGGUGCCCGUGCACUUGAACGGUCGCGACGUGUGCGACUUCAAGUCCAUCGCGAUCGGGUGCAGUUACAGGGACGCGAUCGUCGUGUACAACGACGGCGGCGCGGCGGCCAAGUGCGUCGUGAAAAUUCCAAAGGAGCUCAGAGGCAUCGCGGAGGUCGUCCCGAACGACUUCGUCUUCGUCCAGGGCCGAUCGCACGCGGUGUUCUCGCUCAAGAUCACGCCCACCGACGACACGCUGGAGCGGUGCGCGAAGUGGCGAAGUGACGCGGGCGCGGGGCAGCUCGCGAUUCCCAUGCGCGUCGCCGUGCCAACGCAGUCUGCGCCCGUGCGAUUCACGCUAAAGUGCGCGCCCACGGGGAGCGCGCUGCUGUUCGAUCCGCCGCGGCUCGACUUCGGGCGCGUCCCCGCGGGGGAGACGUCCAUCGUGCGUCUGAAGGUGACGAACUCCGGGGCGCUGUCGCAGCGCUUCGGCGUCGUCGGUCUGCCGAGCGACGUGACAGUGGAGCCCGGGAGCUUCGGGGAAAUUUUGGGCGGCGAGACGGUGGUCCUCGACGUGCGAUACUCGCCGAUCGCGGCGGUGUAUCCGCCGAAAGAGUUCGAGUUCACGCUCAAGUCGCUCCUCGGCGGCAAGACGUACACCGCGCCGUGCGUGGGCUCGUCGUACGACCCGCCGUUGACGUUUCCAGUGGGGAACGUGAUCACGCUGCCGCCGACGGCGGAGCGCGAGCGCGUCGUCGGAAGCGUCGUCGUGAGAAACCGAGGGAAGCACGAGGAGACUUUCGAGGUGUUCACGCCGGAGGACGCGUCGGAUGCGCUGCACGUGACGCCCCGGGUCGCGACGUUGCGGCCCGGGGAGGGGUGCCGCGUAGAGGUGGAGUACUGCCCGCCGGCGGGGUCGCUCGCGGGGAGGAGGAGGUUGAGAGAAGAGGAGGAGGAGGAAGAGGGCGGCGGCGACGCGGCGGCGGAUGGCGACGCCGGCGAGGACGGCGCGGCGGCGGCGGAUGGCGAGGCCGGCGAGGACGGCGCGGCGGCGGCGGAUGGCGAGGCGGGCGAGGACGGCGCGGCGGCGUCCUCGCCCGCGCGUCCGAAGACGCCGCCGCGCCUGCGCGAACCUCGCCACGACGUUUGGCGCCUCCCGGUGUACGUGCGGGACAACUCCGAGCGCGCGGCGAUGGACGCCGCGGACGCGGGCGCGCUCCCGAGCGCGUGGAAGUCGUCGCCGUCGCACGGCCACGGGGAACUCGUGCAACACGUGGAGGUGCGCGCCGUCACCCGCGCCUCCGCGGUUACGGUCGAAAACCUCCCGGAAGUCGACGACGCCGCGGAGCUGACGUACGUCAUGGACUUCGAGCACACCGCGGUCGGGGACCGGAAGCUGAUGCCGCUGAUCCUCCGGAAUCACAGCGAGAGCGACGUUUACGUCGGCAGCGACACGCCGUGGGGCGCGUUCACCGUCGUGAGCGCGUUUCGAUCAGUCGCGCCCGGGUCGUCGGAGACGGUGUCCAUGGAGUUCGCGCCCACCGAGGAGCUCGCGUACGAGGAAACGUUCACGGUGAAGACGUCCAUGCGCGCGAUCAGAGUCCUGCUCAAGGGGGUCGGGACGAGCCCGUUCUUGAGCGUGACGCCCGAGGACGUCGUCGACGUCGGCGACUGCGCGCCCGGGGAGACGUCGCGCGUCGCGAUGACGGUGACGAACCCGACGGCGUUUCGGCAGCCCUUCGUCGUCGGCGUGCGCGACGUCUCGCACCCGGGCGCCACGAGCCGAGUGCCGUUCGUCGUCUCCCCCGGCGGCGGGCACCUCGACCCGGGCGCGAGCGCGGAGAUCGACGUCAGCUUCGCGCCGGACCGCGCCGGGAGAUACGGCGCGACGAGCCAGUUUACGGGGGUCAUUUUUGUCGCCGUGCCGAGCCUCGCCGCGGAGACGACGCUGACGCUGCGCGCGCGGUGCUGGGACCGAGGCGCGUACCUCGUCGGCGUGGACGACGCCGCGGAGCUCGAGAUGGUGGACGCGCGAGGCACCGGCGCGAUCGGCGUCGCCGCGACGCGAGCGUUUCUGCCGCGCGACGGCGACGCGUUGCGCGCGCCGCCGCCGCCGCCGCGCGACGACGAGCGACUGACGUUGACGCUCGCGGGUCUCUGCCGCCCGGGCGAGUCCGUCGGUGGCGUCGUCCACGUCGGCGCGCUGAGGGGCGACGCGGGCGGGGAGUACGAGAUCGAGGCGUUCGGCGACGACGCGAUCACGCGCGGGUGGAGCGUGGACGCGCCCUCCGGCGCCGUCGCCGCCGGCGAGCGCGUCGCCGUCGCGUUUACGUUUGCGCCGCCGGAAAAGGUGCGGCCCGGGGAUCUCGCGUGGUUCGGGCUGAAGGAGUGGGUGACGACGACGACGCGCGUGACGCUGAAGGGCGGCGAUCCCGCGCACGAGGAUGACGGGAAGGCGAUCACGCUGACGUUGCGGUGCGAGCUCACACCGUGGAAGCCGGGGGAGAGGGAGGCGGUGGAGGCGGAGCGACGCGUGGCGGAGGAAGCCGCGGCGGCGGCGGAGGCGGAGGCGGCGGCGGCGGCGGCGGAGGGCGUCGAGGGCGGUUCCCCGCAGAAGAGCGAGGCGGCGGCGGAGUGAGCGGCGAGCGCCUGACUGGCCUGACUUCGCGCGGCAGGGCAGUAGAAACGCGGGCGCGCGCGCAGUAGUGGUGAUAUAUCGAUGUUACCGAACCAGCACCCUCUCUC